AUGUUCGAGGAAACGGCAGAGUGCAAGGGCACGACAUGGAAACCCGAGGAAGACCGGCGCUUGCAGAAGGUCAUGAGCGAGCUGGGUGGGACCAGCGGCACUGGCUUUUCAUGGAGUGCCGUGGCAAAGCGAUUGGGUGGUGGACGCACAGGCAAGAGCUGCAGACUCAGGUGGUUCAAUCAGCUCUGCCCCACCCUGAAAAGGGAGCCUUUCAGCUCUCAGGAGGACCAGAUUGUCAUUCAGGCACACGCUAAGUAUGGCAACCAGUGGGCACUCAUCGCAAAGCUGGAUGGUCUGGAAGGAAGGACUGACAAUGCCAUCAAGAAUCGCUGGAACUCCACUCUGAAGCGGAAGCUGGCGCUCGGAGAAAUCUCUGGUCCCACCGGCAAGAAGCAGCUGCGCAGCAGCGACUCUGACAGCGACGGCCCCUCCCCCAAAAGAGCCCGCAGCGCCCCCGGCUCCGGCUCUCCCAAGCGCGGCCGCUCGGGCACCAACUCUGCCAAGAGCAGCCCCUCUCGCGCGAGUGCACCCGCCUUCAUGGCCCAGCCGCUUGCAGACAUCGACAGCAACCCCUUCCUGGCAGCGCAGCACUUCGCACGCGGCAGCAGCCUCGACAGUCCCUCCUGCAGCAUGAGCAGCGGAUCCAACGGGUCCCCAGUGACUCACAAGCACGCAGUGGAUGAGGCGUUCUUGGACCCCCUGGGCAGUCCCAUCAGCGUGCUGGAAGCCUUCAAGAGCUUCCGGGAGGACAUUGACGUCCUCUCGCUCGACAGCGUUUCCGAGGAGGUGCUCGCGGACGCGGACUUCCUGUUUGAUCUGUCCGACGAUGACCUCAUGAGCGACAUCGGGCCGAUCCCGGCGCACCCCGCGGCGCAGCAGCCGCUGGAGCUGCCAUGCUUCAGCGCCGGUCGCGGUGACGGCCGCGCGGCGGCGGCCGUCAUCGCCGCGGCGUCCUACCGCAUGCCGGACACGCCGCGCAGCCCCUUCGAGGACGCGCUGGAGCUAUCGCAGCAGCAGCGCAGCUUCUCCGGCUUUGCCAGCAGCGGCAGCUGCGCGCUGCCCGACCUCGAGGCCCUGGCUGCCGCCGCCGCCGCGACGCAGCCGCAGCGCACUGCCGAAUCCAUCGGCAGCCCGAUGGCGACGGCCGCAAGCUCGCUGCCGGCCGCCUUCUGCCUUGGUGACGAGGCGGUGAGCAGCGUGCGGCUGGAGGACUUCAACAGCAGUUCCUCGGCGGCGUCUGCGAUCUCGCACAUCGCGGCGGCGCGCGCGCGUGCGGCGGCGGCAGCCGCCGCGCAGCUGCCGGCUUCGCCAGCGGUCGCGGCGCUGGAGGCGGCCGCCAGCAGCCUGGCCGACAACCUGCAGACUUGCCUCGCGCGCUUCGGCAGCCCCCGCUCCCCUCUGCCCCGCAGCUGGAGCAGCAGCCCCAAGGAGGAUGUGAACAUCAUGCCCCGUGACAGCCUGGCGGAGAUCAUGGCUGCUGACCAGGUCAUGGCUGCCAAGAACCACCUCACCAGCGUGGCCAGCCUCUCCGCCCGCGCCACCUCAUUCGAGAGCUCCAGAUCCUUCAACAAAGGUAUCUGGAACAAGGUCUGGUAG